UCAUCCUGCUGCCAGGUCCAGAGAGUGUCCAUGGGUCCCUGUACGGCCUCCCAUUGCUGCUGUCUCCAUCGCCACACUCUGCCAUGUGCCACUUUCAGGUCUCCUCACACUGCUGGUGGGUUCCAUUUUGUCAUAGGGUGCUGGCAGAUUACGGGCCUCCCAUUGCUGCUGCCAGGCCCGUAAUCUGCCAUGGGCCCCCGUACCGACUCCUCAUGCUGCUGCCAGGCCCCCAGUGUUGACAUGGGUCCCUGUACGGCCUCCCAUUGCUGCUGUCUCCAUCCCCACACUCUGCCAUGUGCCACUUUCAGGUCUCCUCACACUGCUGGUGGGUUCCAUUUUUU